ACACUCCAAUAUUCAGCGAAACCAUAGCAAUGUUUAUAAAAUCAAUAUUAUCUGCUCACCUAUAUAAAACUAUGUACAAAACAAAUCGAGUAGUGCUAAACAGCGGCCUGAAAUGCUUCAAAAACACUUGUUUCCAGUUAAGUUUUUCAGCGUACAAUGGUUUCAGAUGGUAUUCGAAGGACGGCUUGGAGUUAGGCCGCAGAGAGCAGUUGGACUGGCGAAAUGUGGUCUCCGAGGCAGAACAGAUAGUCGGCUAUCCUACCUCGUUCUUAAACCUGCGCUGGCUCUUUAAUGAUGAGAUUGCUAACACCGCUAUACAUUUGAGGAAGUUGGUAGGCACGAACCACCCGCUGCUGAAAUCCGCGAAGAAUCUCCUGAUUGGUUCGAAGAGCUCCCUCCAGUCGGUGGGACUGAUCAUCCUGCUGGUCUCCAGAGCUGCUGGAGUGGACCCUGACGAGGCCACGAGGGCGGAGUGUGACUCGGGGGUGCUGCAUGCUCAACGUGCUCUAGCCGAGAUCGUGGAGAUGAAGAGAACGGGCCACAUGGUGCACAAGACCAUGGUCAACCUCGCGGGCCAGGAGAAGCACGGGAAGAAGUACGACGACCUUCUGUACGGGAACAAGAUCGUUCUGCUGACCGGGGACUACCUCCUGGCGACCUGCUUCAAGCAGCUCGGGGACCUCCACAACCACGAGGUCGUCCAGCUCAUCUCCUCGGGGCUGCGGGACCUCACUGAGGGAGACUUCUUCGGAGAAAGAGAUGAGGAACACAACCCAUUCCCCAGCCAGCCCAAAGCAACCAACAUCAACCUCACUUACGAUUGGGAAAACGAGAAUAAUCUGGAAAAACUAGGGUCUAAUGACUUCUUAGGGCGUGGAAGACAGGAAUGGGUGUUAAGGACCAUGCUUAAUUCCGGCAGCAUUCUGGGAAAAGGUUGCCAAGCGGCAAUGAAGCUGGCGAAUAGGGGAGCUGAGGCGGAGAAGAAUGCUUAUCUGCUAGGAGGACACUUGGCAUUGAUGUGGCAGUUGUCUUUGGAUAUCAAAGACUUUUUCAUUCAUCCAUAUUCGUACUCUUUAGUUGGGGCACCUUUGACGGUUGCUUUGUGGGAGUAUCCGACUAUUUAUGGGCACAUCAUGGAGUGUAAAUUGGAGAAGAAGCCGGUACAGCACAAGCAGUUGUAUUACGCUGUGCGCGGGACGCGAGCCAUGGAGUAUAUUACACUGAUGCUGGAUGAGGAAUUGGCGGCCAUUUUGAAAUACAGUGACAAGUUUCUGGUGGAGGAUGCCAAGUGUUCACUGCAGAAGAUGGCGAUGACCAUACACGCUGAAACUCUGGAUUAUAUGGAGACGUGAUUUUGGGAUGAAAUAAAGUGAUUAUAUUCAUAAUAAAACCA